AUGCAUCUUAAAGAUUCAUCAGCCUUGUCACACAUUUUACUCUCUCUCUCUCUCUCUCUCUCUCUCUCUCUCUCUUUGUCUUCCACUCUCUCUCUCUGUCUGCCACUCCCUCGCUCUUACUGUCUGUCUCUUUCUCUUUGUCUCUGUCUGUCUGUCUCCGUCUCUCUCAUUGUCUAUCUGUCUGCCUGUCUCUCUCUCUCAUCUCUCUCUUUCUGUUUCUCAGUUUGUCUGUCUGUUUCUCUUUCUGUCUUUCUGUCUCUCUCUGUCUCUGUCUGUCUGCCUUCUGUUUUUAGGUCUGUUUUAACCAAUGCCUCUCUCUCUCUCUCUCUCUCUCUCUCUCUCUCUCUCUCUCUCUGUCCCUGUCUGUCUGCAUCAGUCUCUCUCUCUAGUUCUCUCUGUUGCUCUCUCUGUCUGCCUAUCUUUCUCUCUCUGUUUGUUUCUCUCUGUUGGUCUAUCUCUGUUUCUGUCUCUGCCUCUCUCGCUUUCUCUCUCUCUCACUCUCUCUCACUCUCUCUCUGUCCUUAUCUGCCAGUCUCUCUGCCCGUCUCUCUCUCUUUUUGUCUCUCUGAGUGCCCCUCUCUCUCUCUCUCUCUCUCUCUCUCUGUUGGUCUAUCUCUGUUUCUGUCUCUGCCUCGCUGUUUCCCUCUCUCUCUCUCUGCGUCCUUAUCUGCCAGUCUCUCUCUCUCUCUCUCUUUGUCUCUCCUGAGUGCCUGUCUCUCUCUCUCUCUCUCUCUAUCUUUCUCUGUGUCUCUGUCUGUCUGUCUGCCCGUCUCUCUAUAG